CCGGGGGGAGUUUGGCCGCCGCCGGCCGCCGUCCUUCCGCCUCGCUUCCGGGAACGCGCAGGUGUCUGCGGGGUCCGGCGGGCGCGGCGGCGCCAUGGAGCCCCCGAGGCCGGACGAGGAGUGGGACUCCGCCCUGUUCGCCGAGCUCGGCUACUUCCCCGAGGCCGAGGACCCCCAGCUGGACGCGGGGACCGAGCCAUAUGAGAACGCUUUUGAUAACCUUGAUUUCGACCUGGACCUGAUGCCCUGGGAGGCCGGCCUCUGGGACCUCAGCAGGCCGCUCUGCACAGUGGACGACAUCAAGACAGAGCCUCUGCCCCUGUCCCCGGCCGCCUCGCCGUACUCGGUGGAGUCUCCCGAAUCCCUUGUCUCCUCCUCCUCUCCCUCCUCCUCUUCCUCCUCCUCUUCCACACAACAUGUGCCUGAGGAGUUGGACCUGUCCGCCGCUUCUCAGCCGUCUCCCCUGUCCCUGUACGGGGAGGGCUCUCCCGUGAAGGAGGACAAGCCGGCCGGGCCACACAGCAAGCCUGAAAAUGGACCCGUUCCGAAGAGGAAGACGCAGGCGAGUUCGAAGCCUUCGAUUCAGCCCAAGCCUCUGCUACUUCCGGCAGCACCCAAGGCCCCGGCGAACGCCAGCGUCCCGGCAAAGGCCAUCCUCAUCCAGACGCUGCCCGCGCUGGUACCCCUGGCCAAGCAGCAGCCCCUCAUCAGCAUCCACCCGGCACCCCCGAAAGCCCCGACCGUGCUGCUGUCGCCGCCCGCCGUGGUGCAGCUGCAGGCGCCCGGCGUGCUGCCCUGUCCCCCGCCCGUGCUGGCCGUGGCCGGCGGCGCCGCGCAGCUGCCCAACCAGGUGGUGAGCGUGGUGCCCGUGCCCGGCAGCCCGGCCGGCGGGAAGGUGUCCGUGGCCAAGCCCGUCCUGCCCAGCCCGGCCAGGAGCGCCGGCUCCGACCCGGCCGUGCUGCGGCGGCAGCAGCGCAUGAUCAAGAACCGCGAGUCGGCCUGCCAGUCGCGCCGCAAGAAGAAGGAGUACCUGCAGGGGCUGGAGGCGCGCCUGCGGGCCGCGCUGGGCGAGAACGAGCGCCUGCGCCGCGAGAACGGCUCGCUCAAGCGCCAGCUGGACGAGGUGGUGUCCGAGAACCAGAGGCUCAAGGUGCCCAGCCCCAAGCGCAGGGCCGUGUGCGUGAUGGUCGUGCUGGUGUUCCUGGUGUUCAGCUACGGGCCGGCCAGCGUGCUGGAACCCGAGUCCAGAAGAACCAGCCCCGUGGGCAGCCCCGCCGGCCAGAGGCGGCACCUUCUCGAAUUCUCCGCCAAGGAGGCGCCAGAAGCGUCGGAUGGGGUCAUCCAGAAAAACCACUACAGGUCCGAGCACGCCGUGUCGGACAACAAGGCCCUGAUGGUGCUCAGCGAGGAGCCGCUGCUCUACAUCCCGCAGCCCCCCUGCCAGCCCCUCGUCAACAUCACCGAGUCGCUCAGGCUGAACCACGAGCUGCGGGGCUGGGUGCACCGGCACGAGGUGGAAAGGACCAAGGCGCGGAGGACGGCGGGCCACCCGCACAAGGGCCGCGUCCUGCAGGGCGCUCUGGAGCCGGGCUCGGGGUCGCAGCUCAUGGCCGUCCAGUACACGGAGCCCAGCACCCUCAGGAACCCCGGGAGCGAGCUGCAGGUGUACUACGCGUCCCCCAGGAGCUACCAGGACUUCUUCGAAGCCAUCCGCAGGAGGGGUGACACGUUCUACGUCGUGUCGUUCCGAAGGGACCACCUGCUGCUGCCAGCCACCACCCACAACAAGACCAGCAGGCCCAAGAUGUCCAUUGUGCUGCCCGCGGUGGGCGUGAACGAGCACGUCAUCAACGGGCAGGACUACGAGGUGAUGAUGCAGAUCGACUGCCAAGUGAUGGACACGCGUGUGUUGCACAUCAAGAGCUCGGCCGUGCCGCCGUCCCUGCGGGAGCCACGGAACCACACAGGCGCCGUCUUCAGCUCGCCGCCCGCCCCCGAGGCUGCGCAGGUGGUCAGCACCAUCCCGGAGUCCCUGCAGUAGCCCGCCCGGCCGCUGCCCUUUCCGCGAGGGUCGGUUGGACGGUCCUGGGGGGUGGCGGCCGCGGGCCGUGAGGGGACGCGUCACGGAAGAUUCCAGGGCACCGAGUGACCUCUUCCUGCGGAGGGGCCGGUCAGCCACGUCGAUGGGGACCCCGGGGGUCAAUGUCCCUGGGACUCUCUGCUCUGCUCCUCGCCACAUGCGCACAUACACACACACACACACACACACACGCGCACACACAUGCACGCACACAUACACACGCAUGCACACACACACACAUACUUACAUACACAACUCACACACGCACGCACGCACACAAGCACAUGUGAGUGCCCAGGAUCUGGGACAGCAAAUUGGGGGUCCUCGGGGUCAGACUGAGAGGAGGGGGUUUGCGAGGCGGGUGAAGGCACAAGUUGGGGCCCAGCUCCCUCUGGGGGUUCCGGCUGAAACCAGGAUGGCCCUCAGCUGAGGGUCCUUCCCGCGGCCCCCCGCUGCUGCUGGGUGCUCAGGGACACACAGGGAGGCUGGGGGGGGACCCAGGGCCCCUCCCCCAGGCCCCACCCCAGCCCUGGGCGGGCCGGACAGUGCCUUGCUGAUCCAUGAACUUAUCUGCUGUUGGGGCUUCCUUUAGGGGGCGAGUUUGCUUUGGGGGGCGGGGCGGGGGGCGGUCUGGGAUAAUUUAUUACGUUCCAAGUAGGAUUUGGCCAGUUUCCGGGGAGACUAGAGUCAGGAAGGGGGUUCUCGUCGCCAGGAUCCGGGCGUGGGCCAGGCCCGCUGGGGGUGAGGGGUUGAUCCCUGUGACCCCCGACACCAGUGCGAGCCCCUCCCCUGCCCCCUGCUGCCUUUCCUGACAGCCACCCAGAACUUUCUAGCACACACGAGGAGGAGCUUCUAGAGUCUUCUAGAACUUUCUCCAACCUUCAUCACACUGGUCCUGCUGCCACCCUGAGCCUGGACAUGGCUCUUCCCGCAAAACUCGGGGACCUGGCGGGGGUGCAGCUCCCGCCCCCAGCCCACGCUGGGGGUCCCUGUGGGUUCGCUGUGACGUCAGGGUGGGGGCGGGGUCCCGGGAAGUCUGGCCUUGGCCUGGCUCUUGAGCCCCACAUAAAAGUCUU